UGGGCCGAGUCACGUGGGGCGGUGCGCGCUGAGUGCGGCUGCGCCGGCCGGUAGCUGCAGCUGGAGCGGUGGCGUUUGGAGGAGACUCGGGUAUACCUUCUCAGAAGCUUCACAGGAGGGAAAGCAGUGACAAAGAAGGAAGUUACCAUUCUUUGCACGAUGGAAGCAUUCUAUUUCCUGCCAAGCUGACAGGUUUCGCAGUAAACUGGAUGGCUUCUACAGGGAGCCAGGCCUCUGAUAUAGACAAGAUUCUUGGAUUCUUCAGUGAUGGCGCACCCCCCACCAAAAAGCCCAGGAAGCUGCUUCCAAGCUUGAAAACUAAGAAGCCUCGGGAACUUGUGCUGGUAAUUGGAACAGGCAUUAGUGCUGCGGUUGCACCUCAGGUUCCAGCUCUGAAGUCCUGGAAGGGGUUAAUUCAGGCCUUACUGGAUGCUGCUAUUGAUUUUGAUCUUCUAGAAGAUGAGGAGAGCAGAAAAUUUCAGAAAUGUCUCCAUGAAGACAAAAACCUUGUCCAUGUUGCCCAUGAUCUUAUCCAGAAACUCUCUCCUCGAACUAGUAAUGUUCGAUCCACGUUUUUCAAGGACUGUUUAUAUGAAGUAUUUGAUGAUUUGGAGUCAAAGAUGGAAGAUUCUGGAAAACAGCUCCUUCAGUCAGUUCUCCAUCUGAUGGAAAAUGGAGCCCUGGUAUUAACUACAAAUUUUGAUAAUCUCCUGGAACUGUAUGCAGCAGAUCAGGGAAAGCAACUCGAAUCCCUUGACCUGACUGAUGAGAAAAAGGUUCUAGAGUGGGCUCAGGAGAAGCGGAAGCUGAGCGUCUUACACAUCCAUGGGGUCUACACCAACCCUAGUGGCAUUGUCCUCCAUCCAGCUGGGUAUCAGAAUGUGCUCAGGAACACUGAAGUUAUGAGAGAGAUUCAGAAACUCUAUGAAAACAAGUCAUUUCUUUUCCUGGGCUGUGGCUGGACUGUGGAUGACACCACUUUCCAAGCCCUUUUUCUGGAGGCUGUGAAGCAUAAAUCUGACUUAGAACAUUUCAUGCUGGUUCGGAGAGGAGAUGUGGAUGAGUUCAAGAAGCUUCGAGAAAACAUGCUGGACAAAGGAAUUAAGGUCAUCUCCUAUGGAAAUGAAUAUGCUGAUCUCCCAGAAUAUUUCAAGCGACUGACAUGUGAGAUCUCAACAAGGGGUAGAUCAGCAGGGAUGGUGAGAGAAGGUCAGCUAAAUGGCUCCUCAGCGGCACACAGUGAAAUAAGAGACUGUAGAACAUGAGAGGGGGCUGGAGAGAUCAUCAGCAUUAGACCAAGGUGUCAGGCCCGACUGUGGAGAGUAUUUAACAAGUAAACUUUUAAGAACCCACCACAGCUCCGUGGAAGUACCAAAACCCAGAGGUUGAAGGUUGGGGGUAGAGUUGGGGGUAGGGGGGUGUUCCAGCUCAGUCCUUCAUGCCCACUGGUUCUUGAUCUUCUGCGGCCUCUUCCAGUUCACGAAUCCCCAAGUGACAGCGGGGCCCAGUGCACCCCCCCAACCCUGCGCUGGACAUGCCUGUGUCCACACAACAGAUCAGUGCGACACCUCCACUGAUGGUGGCUCCAGCCCUGCAUGAAGGACGUGGGAGCUAGCCGCCGUGGGGUCACCGUGCCCUUGUUGCAGUUUUGUACUCUAUACCUGGUUUUUCAAUUAAGCUUAAUGGCUUUUUUUAAAACAUGACUUGAAGCUCUAGUUUUCUAGACCUUUUACAGUGUACAGUAUUUUACAUAACUGAGCUGUAUUAAAAGCUUGUUCAUUUA